AGCUGGUUUUUGUGAAGAUGAUUUGCAAUUUGAAGACAGUCGUUGGCCGUGGGCUUAAGACUGGGUUUUCGACCGGGUUGAAAUAUAAAAGAUCUGGAUUCAUAAACAAUUAUAAAAGAUUUUCAAGCUUCAAUAUACCAUUGAAGAAUGAGCAGCCGGUGUAUGCUGGUGGGGAGUUGUUGAAACAAUUCACUGACGAAAAUGCUAAGAAUUUGGUUGAUGUUUCAAAAGUUUUGGUUAUUGGAUCUGGUGGGUUGUCAAUUGGUCAAGCUGGUGAAUUUGAUUACUCUGGCUCUCAAGCUAUUAAGGCUUUAAAGGAAGCAAACAAACAGUCAAUUUUGAUCAAUCCAAAUAUUGCUACUAAUCAAACUUCUCAUGCUUUAGCUGAUGAAAUUUAUUACUUACCGGUUACUGCUGAAUACAUUACUUAUAUUAUAGAAAGAGAAAGACCAGAUGGUAUUUUAUUAACUUUUGGUGGUCAAACUGGUUUAAAUGUUGGUGUCAAAUUGGAAAAAAUGGGUGUUUUCGAAAGAUACGGAGUUAAAGUCUUGGGUACUCCAAUUAAAACUUUAGAAACUUCGGAAGAUCGUGAUUUGUUCGCUCAAGCGUUGAAAGAAAUUGAUAUUCCAAUUGCUGAAUCUAUUGCUGUUGAAACUGUCGAUGACGCUUUGAAAGCUGCUGAAAAUGUUGGUUACCCUAUUAUUGUUAGAUCCGCUUACUCUUUGGGUGGUUUGGGUUCUGGUUUUGCUGCCAAUGAAAAUGAAUUGAGAAAUUUGGCUGCUCAAUCAUUAUCUUUAGCUCCACAAAUCUUGGUUGAAAAAUCUUUGAAAGGUUGGAAAGAAGUUGAAUAUGAAGUUGUUCGUGACCGUGUUGGUAAUUGUAUCACUGUUUGUAAUAUGGAAAACUUUGAUCCUUUAGGUAUCCACACUGGGGAUUCUAUUGUUGUUGCUCCUUCUCAAACUUUAUCUGAUGAAGAAUAUCAUAUGUUAAGAAGCGCUGCUAUCAAAAUUAUUAGACAUUUGGGUGUAGUUGGUGAAUGUAACGUCCAAUAUGCUUUACAACCUGAUGGUUUAGAUUACAGAGUCAUUGAAGUCAAUGCUCGUUUAUCCCGUUCUUCUGCUUUGGCCUCUAAAGCAACCGGUUAUCCAUUAGCUUAUACCGCUGCUAAAAUUGCUUUGGGCCAUACUUUACCUGAAUUACCAAAUCCUGUUACUAAAACUACCUCUGCUAACUUCGAACCUUCCUUAGAUUAUAUGGUUACUAAGAUUCCAAGAUGGGAUUUAUCUAAGUUCCAACACGUUAAAAGAGAUAUUGGUUCAGCAAUGAAAUCCGUCGGUGAAGUUAUGGCUAUUGGUCGUAAUUUUGAAGAAUCUUUCCAAAAAGCUAUCAGACAAAUUGAUCCAUCUUAUAUUGGUUUACAAGGUGACAAAUUUGAUAAUUUGGAUGAAUCUUUAGCUAAUCCAACUGAUAGAAGAUGGUUAGCUGUUGGCCAAGCUUUAUUACAUGAAAAUUACACCGUUGAUCAAGUUCACGAUUUAACUAAGAUCGAUAAAUGGUUCCUUUAUAAAAUCAUGAACAUAGUCAAUAUGUAUAAAGAAUUAGAAAGCGUUGGUGACUUAUCAAAAAUCAACAGUGAUUUAAUGAUGCGUGCUAAAAAAUUAGGUUUCUCUGAUAAACAAAUUGCUCUUAGUGUUCAAUCAACUGAAUUAGAAGUUAGAUCAGUAAGAAAAUCGUUAGGUAUUACUCCAUUUGUUAAAAAAAUUGAUACCUUAGCUGCUGAAUUCCCGGCCAAUACUAAUUACUUAUAUACCACUUAUAAUGCUACUAGUUCUGAUUUAGAAUUCAACGAAAAUGGUACUAUGGUUUUGGGUUCAGGUGUUUACAGAAUUGGUUCAUCAGUUGAAUUUGAUUGGUGUGGUGUUUCUGCUGCUCGUGCUUUACGUGAAUCAGGUCAUAAAACUAUUAUGAUUAAUUAUAAUCCAGAAACUGUUUCCACUGAUUUUGAUGAAGUCGAUAGAUUAUAUUUUGAAGAAUUAUCAUUAGAAAGAGUUUUGGACAUCUAUGAAUUAGAAAAGGCUCAAGGUGUUGUUGUUAGUGUUGGUGGUCAAUUACCUCAAAAUAUUGCAUUAAGCUUACAAAAUGAAGGUUGUAAUGUUUUAGGUACUAAUCCUGAAGAUAUUGAUAAAGCUGAAGAUCGUCAUAAAUUCUCUCAAAUCUUAGAUUCUAUUGGAGUUGAUCAACCUGAAUGGAAAGAAUUAACUUCGAUUGAAGAAGCUGAAAGUUUUGCUAAUAAAGUUGGAUAUCCAGUUUUAGUUCGUCCAUCAUAUGUUUUAAGUGGUGCUGCCAUGUCAGUUAUUAAUAAUCAAUCUGAGUUAGAUGCCAAAUUAUCUAAUGCCUCUAAAGUUUCUCAAGAUCACCCAGUUGUUAUUUCUAAAUUUAUCCAAGGUGCUCAAGAAAUUGAUAUCGAUGGUGUUGCUAAUGAAGGUGAAGUUUUGGUUCAUGCUGUAUCUGAACAUGUUGAAAAUGCUGGUGUUCAUUCUGGUGAUGCUACUUUAGUUUUACCACCUCAAAACUUAUCACCAAUUAUUAUGAAUAGAUUGAAAGUUAUUGCUGAUAAAGUUGCUUCUGCAUGGAACAUUACCGGUCCAUUUAAUAUGCAAAUUAUUAAGAAUGAUCAAGAUGGGAAAUUAAAUGAUGAAGAGUGUCAAUUAAAAGUCAUUGAAUGUAAUAUUAGAGCUUCUCGUUCAUUCCCAUUUGUCUCGAAAGUAUUGGGUACAAAUUUCAUUGAAGUUGCAGUUAAAUCAUUGAUUAAAGAAAAUGUACCAGCUGCGGUUAACUUAAUGGACAAGAAAUAUAAUCAUGUUGCAACCAAAGUACCCCAAUUUUCAUUUACUAGAUUGGCAGGAGCUGAUCCAUUCUUAGGUGUUGAAAUGUCAUCAACUGGUGAAAUUGCAUGUUUUGGUAAUGAUUUAGUUGAAGCAUACUGGACUUCAAUUCAAUCAACCAUGAACUUCCAUGUUCCACAUCCAGGUUCAGGUAUAUUAUUCGGAGGUGACUUGACCAAUGAUAAAUUAGGUAAUGUUGCCAAAACAAUUUCAGGAUUAGGUUAUAAAUUCUAUACUGCAAGUGAACCAGUUGCUAAAUAUUUAAAUGACUACAUUAGCGAAGAUGUUGAAGUUAUUGAAUUCCCAAAAACCGAUAAAAGAGCAUUAAGAGAAAUUUUCCAAGCUAAGAAGGUUGGUGGGGUUUUCAAUUUAGCUAAAGCAAGAGCUGAAGACUUAUUAGAUGAAGAUUAUGUAAUGAGAAGAAAUGCAAUUGAUUUUGCUAUCCCAUUAUUUAAUGAACCAAAUACUUCAUUAUUAUUCGCUCAAUGUUUGAAAGACAAAGUUGCCAAUAAACCAUCUUUUGAUACUCUUCCAGCCGAAGUAAGCGUUCCAGCCGAAGUUCAAAGAUGGAGUGAGUUCAUUGGAGGUAAACCAGUUUAAAAACAUUUCCUCUUUAUUUAUGAUGAUGUACGUUUAUAAUUAGAUCUAAAAAGAAAAAAGAAUAUCAAUAUAGAAUUUUCUACGAUAA